AUGGGGAGCUGGAAUGCAAUAGAAGAAUACUAUCGAAAGGCAAUUGAUGUCCAAGGUUCGGCGAGAUUUACCGACAGGCAAUGCUCGAUGAUAUUGAACGUCUCCAAAAGCAGGCGGGCUGCUAUGCGCGAGGCGAGAUUGGUAAGAGUAUCUAUUGCUAUGUUCGACACCCACCGCCGAAUGGCCACGUUCGUUGUUACGAACUCCCAAACCAGGAAGCAGCGCGGCGACCUGAUAUACUCUUCAUCAAAUCUAUCCGUUGUGAGUGGAGGUUAUUUGACCCCGAGGGUUGCCCUUGUGCGGGAGCCUUGA